CAAAAACAUAAGUUAACAACACCUUCCCUUCGCACUUAACCACAAAGAUUUGAUUUUUUUUGGGUCAUACAUACCAAAUUAAUACACACAUGGCUCAGAACGGUUUGAACGAUCUGAAGCUGAUCGGCGCAUGGCCGAGCCCCUUCGUCUUGAGGGCUCGGAUCGCUCUUAACCUCAAGGGUUUAGACUACGAGUUUCUCGAAGAAGAUAUUCUCAGCUCGAAGAGCGAUCUUUUGCUGAAAUAUAACCCUAUCCACAAGAAGAUUCCUGUCCUAAUCCACUGUGGCAAACCCAUCUGUGAAUCCCUCAACAUCGUUCAAUACAUCGACGAGGUGUGGUCGGCGGAUCACGCCAUCCUUCCCUCUAAGCCGUUCGAUCGGGCCGUUGCUCGGUUUUGGGAUAUGUACAUUGAUGAACACUGCUACACAUCCAUUAAUGGCGUCGCCGGAGCAAAAGGCGACGGGGAGAGAAUGGCGGCAGUAGAGAAACUACAGAAUUGUUUAGCCCUUUUGGAAGAAGCGUUUCAGAAGUGCAGCAAAGGGAGAGAGUUUUUCGGAGGGGACGAAAUCGGAUUCAUCGACAUCGGGUUGGGGUCGAUGCUGAGUCCACUUCGUGUCGUCGAGAAGUUUUCCGGCGUGAAAUUCCUUAAUCCGACCAAGACGCCGGGACUUUUCCGGUGGGCCAACAGGUUCUGUGCCCACGAUGCCGUCAAACAUGUCAUUCCUGACGUCGAGAGGCUCGCUGCCUUCGCCAUGCUCAAGUUCAAUCGUCAAGAUUAAGCCUUAGUAUGAAAAAAAAAAGAAUUUUGUUCUGCUGCCUGUUAUCUCCAUUUUUACAUUUGUUUAUAUAUGUCUCGAAUGAGGUUAACGUUGUUUUUUUUUUUAAAUUAAUACGGUUUGAGAUGUAAUAAUACCUCAACGUGUCUGUCAUGUUUUGUAAUGAAUUGGAUUCUUUUUUUUUUCUUUUUUUUUUUUGUAACAGUGAGAUCAAAUUUUGAUUUAUUGUCUUAUAUGUCUCGAAUGAGAUGGAUGUUUUUUUUCUUUCUAUAUGGUUUGAGAUGUAAUAAAUCAUUACACCUAAACGUGUCUGUAAUGUUUGCAGUGAAUAGGAUUCUUUUUUUUUC